GGUGCCUCGGGGGUGGCGGAAGUUGCCGACUCCGAGGCCGCUAGUGGCGGAAAUUGCCGAGACGGCCGCCAUAUUAGCUGGGUAGGAGAGCACAGGAGCGUUGUUCUGGUUCGGAAGAGCAAACCGGUGCAGCCGGUGCUGCUGCUGGUCCCCCAGUACAAGAAGCACCAUGCUGCGAUUACCUGCUGUCCGCAGGGCCUUAGCUGGUGUCACUCAAUCCCCCAAAGGAUGUGUGCGUACAACCACUGCAGCAGCCAGCAACUUGAUAGAGGUGUUCGUUGAUGGGCAGCCUGUCUUCGUAGAACCAGGAACCACAGUGCUUCAGGCCUGUGAAAAGGUUGGAAUGCAGAUACCUCGCUUUUGUUACCAUGAUCGAUUGUCUGUUGCGGGAAACUGUAGGAUGUGCCUUGUAGAGAUAGAGAAAGCACCCAAGCCAGUAGCUGCUUGUGCAAUGCCAGUAAUGAAGGGUUGGAACAUACUGACAAAUUCUGAGAAGUCCAGGAAAGCAAGAGAGGGUGUAAUGGAGUUCUUGCUGGCAAACCACCCAUUGGACUGUCCAAUCUGUGAUCAGGGAGGAGAGUGUGACCUUCAGGACCAGUCAAUGAUGUUUGGCAAUGAUAGGAGUAGAUUUUUAGAGGGAAAACGUGCAGUUGAAGACAAGAACAUUGGCCCACUAGUCAAAACAAUUAUGACUCGAUGUAUACAGUGCACUCGGUGUAUCAGGUUUGCUAGUGAGAUUGCAGGGGUAGAUGACUUGGGAACAACAGGCAGAGGAAAUGAGAUGCAAGUUGGCACUUAUGUUGAAAAAAUGUUUAUGUCUGAGUUAUCAGGCAAUAUUAUUGACAUCUGCCCAGUAGGAGCCCUUACCUCCAAGCCAUAUGCCUUUACUGCCCGUCCUUGGGAGACACGAAAGACUGAGUCCAUUGAUGUUCUUGAUGCCGUUGGAAGUAACAUUGUGGUGAGCACACGGACUGGAGAAGUGAUGAGGAUUUUGCCAAGAUUGCAUGAAGACAUCAAUGAGGAAUGGAUCUCUGACAAAACAAGGUUUGCUUAUGAUGGUUUGAAACGCCAGCGGCUUAUUGAACCAAUGGUCAAAAAUGAAGAAGGGCUUUUUGUUUACACCUCCUGGGAAGAUGCCCUGACUCGUGUUGCUGGAGUGCUGCAGGGUGUCCAAGGUAAGGAUGUGGCUGCGAUUGCAGGAGGACUGGUGGAUGCAGAAGCACUGGUAGCUCUAAAAGACUUACUGAAUAGAGUAAACUGUGACACUCUGUGCACUGAAGAGGUCUUCCCUAAUGCUGGAGCUGGCACAGACCUACGCUCUAACUACUUGCUUAAUACCAAGAUUGCUGGAGUGGAGGAAGCAGAUGUCCUGCUUCUGGUUGGCACCAAUCCACGCUUUGAGGCACCCCUGUUUAAUGCUAGAAUUAGAAAGAGCUGGCUUCACAAUGAUCUGCAGGUGGCCCUUGUGGGUAGUGCAGUGGAUCUGACCUACACAUAUGAUCAUCUGGGAGAUUCGCCACAGAUACUUCGGGACAUUGCUUCAGGAAAACACUCCUUCAUCAAGGUCCUUAACCAGGCCAAAAAACCAAUGGUGGUGGUAGGCAGCACAGCACUUCAGCGCAGUGAUGGAGCAGCUAUCCAUGCUGCUGUUUCUACCAUUGCACAAAAUGCUAGGACAAAAAGUGGAGUUGGUACUGACUGGAAAGUUAUGAACAUCCUUCAUAGGGUUGCAAGCCAAGUAGCUGCUUUGGAUCUGGGUUUCAAACCAGGAGUGGAUGCAAUCCGGAAGAACCCUCCCAAAAUACUAUAUCUUUUGGGGGCAGAUGCAGGCUGCAUAACACGUCAGGAUUUGCCAAAGGAUUGCAUUAUCAUCUAUCAGGGACAUCAUGGUGAUGUGGGCGCUCCCAUGGCUGAUAUUAUUCUCCCGGGAGCAGCUUACACAGAGAAAUCUGCAACGUAUGUGAACACUGAGGGCAGGGCCCAGCAGACAAAAGUAGCAGUAACACCUCCUGGCAUGGCAAGAGAGGACUGGAGAAUUAUUAGAGCCAUCUCUGAGCUAACUGGUGUGACCCUCCCUUACGAUAACCUCGAUCAAGUAAGGAACAGAUUGGAAGAAGUUUCUCCUAACCUGGUCCGAUAUGAUGAUGUAGAGCAAGCUAACUACUUCAGCCAGGCGAAUGAGCUCUCCAAGUUAGCGAAUCAGCAGUUGCUUGCUGACCCUCUUGUUCCACCUCAGCUCACAAUUAGAGAUUUCUAUAUGACAGAUCCAAUCAGUAGAGCAUCCCAGACAAUGGCCAAGUGUGUGAAAGCAGUCAUUGAAGGUGCUCAGGCAGUAGAAGAGCCAUCCAUCUGCUGAAGAAUGUAAUCACACAGCUACCAAAAUCCAUCAGAUAUUCUAGUAAUAUGUUGGUAUGACAAACUUUCAAAAACAAUUAUUUGAUGGUGGUACACUUUAUGUUCACAUCUUCCUGAAAACAGUUCAGAUCGCCUAAUCUUGGGCUAUCAGUGCGCUUGGAAAUUAAACACAACACUCAAUUUACUGGACCUAAAAAAAUAUGCAUACAGUGAUUAAUUGUGUACAAACAUGGUAGAUUAUUAAAAUCAGUUUAUUUCCUAUGUAAAUGGUUUGUAUGGCUUGUGAUUCUCUUACAUAAAAAAUAAAGAUUUAAACAGAAAUCUUAAACAAGUUUUUAAUGUGACAAAAAUUCUGGAAACCAAUCUUUCACUUCCAGUGCACCUGGAAAUCUCAAUUAUUUGAUACUUUUUAAACAUCCCUUGAAGUUGCAAAGAUUCUGCCAUUAUGUAGAGAAGGUAGAACCCAGGUACUACCACCCUGAGUGACACAUCUCCUUUCUCUUCAUUCAAAUACACCCAUUUACAACUCUCAGUGCUAAGAACUAAUAGGUUUGCUGAUGCUUGUAUUCUUUCAUUUGGUCAAGAUAGGAAAAUACUUUACUUGCAAGAAAUAGACUGCAUGCCAUACAGAUUUUAUCAGUGAUGCCUUUCUUAGGUAAAUUGCUCUCUAUUUAGAAAAAGUGGAAAAUUACCAAAACAAAAAACAAGCCCUCAAAACAAAACCUAAAUCUUACCAUGAGGGAGGUUGCAAUAGUUAGACAAGGGGCUCAUUACUAGAGUACUUUUAAAUCUGGACUUGAUCUCUUUUCUCCCUGCUUUACUCCAUUCUGUUAUAGAAGCAAUAAAAGAGGUAGCUUCAGAGUGACUUCAAGUGUUAAUUCACAUCAACUUAAAAGAAGCCCCAAAAGCUGCCAGUUUGCAAGGUAAAGAAAGGAGAGUUUGCACUAUCUGAAAAUGUUCAUUAAAUGUGUCAAAAAUCAAUAGCAUGCUAAUUUAUUUUGAAAUCACUUUAAAAAAAUAAAAGAUUGCAAUUAGUGAUUUUCUGCAUACUUCAAAUUCAGUCUUGGACUGAGUACCACCAGUAUCUUGGCUGACAAAAUAUUGUUACAGGCAAAGUUCUUGAAACUCUGAAAGGCAUUUGCAGCAGUUUUGGCAUAAAGUUCAGUAGCCUAUCCUGCAGUUUGCUAUGUGCAGACUGAAUUGCUUUCAAAGGGUAUGGCUACAGGGGGAUAAAACCCCCUAAACAUUGAUGGGUAGACAUUCAGACUCAGGCUGGAGCCUGAGCUCUGAGACCCUCCACCCUUCCAGAGUCCCACAGCUCAGGCUUGAGCCUGACUCUGAAUGUCUACAUUGCAAUUUUUAGCCCAGCAGCCUGAGCGCUGAGAUCCUGAGUCGGCUGACCUGGGCCAGCUGCAGCCAUGCCAUGGGGCUUUUAUCCUCAUGUAAACAUAUCUUUAUAGGCAUAGCUUUAUAUUCUUUGAGCCAAAGGUAGAAUCAUGUUAGUUAGGUAGUAAGUCUCAAACUAUUGCAUCAUGAGACACUUGCUAUAUUCAUCUGGAGUGGGAUUUUUCAGUCACGUAAGCGACUUUUGAAAAUCUCAUCCCUUGCUCCUGUAGUAUGUAAACUUGUAAAGGUUCUAAGCCUUUAAAUUUGAAGAUAAUCGUCUGAACAUGACUGUAUGUAGUGUUAGCUUAGAAUAAAACAGCUCUAGGAAAGGCCCCAUCCUGAUGCUCAAAGCCUGAUUUUAAAAAGGAGGUAACUUUACAUUGAGUUGCAUGUUUAUAUUGCAUGUGUAAAUGGACAACCAAAGGGCAGAUAUAAGUGAUUAUGAGUGUCCUAUGUCUUUCCCUGCCAAGUGAAUGGCUUUAUAACAUAAAGCUGUGUUCUGCCCAUAAUCUUUGAAGCAGUCACCAAUAAAAGCUCUGCUGCCUGUG